AUGUUUAACACAAGCUCAGCACAACAGGAUUUUCCCUCCAAUGGAACACUGACACAAAACUUGGAGAGACUGCAUUUGAUUUUGAUAACACUAUAUAGUAUCAAUCUGGCAGGGGGCAUUGCUGGAGUCAUUGUGAUGGCCCGUCAAUUGUUUCAAAGGAAUAUACAAUCUGUGAUGACCAUCAUUAUCAUCAAUCUCAUGGCGGUACAUUCAAUUCUCUUACUCAGCCUUCCUUUCCGCCUUGCCUAUUACAUUUCAUCUGAAUGGAAAUUCGGGUGGCUCACCUGCAAAAUGUUUAGUGCCAUGAUCUAUGCCCACAUGUACAUCACCUUCAUUUUCUAUGUAGCUAUUAUUAUAAUACGCCUCUUGAGACUGGAGUUUCGGAGGUGGUACACUAAAACCUGGAUUACUGCUGUCUGGUUUGUGGGAACUUUGGUUAUCUUCCCUAUUUUUUUGUCAUAUUAUGGCACCUCUAAAAAAUAUAACCAUUCUAAAUGCUUUCAGUUCCACAGAGAUAUUCAGGAGCAGGGUAUGAUGAUAGCAAACUACUGCAUGAUUGGUAUUAUGGUGGCAACAGUCUCUGCGCUCUCCAUAAUCCAAUUAGUUGUAAUCUUUCAGUUGGCAAUGAAGUAUUGGCCUGAUAUGAACUCACAUGUGGAAUUCAGGGCUCAGAUCAAGAGUUUUUUUUUCAUCUUGGUAAUACUAGUCUGCUUUAUACCUCAUCAUGUAUUCAGAAUAUACUACAUCCAGAAUUUCCCCCGGGAGGGUGACCAUAACCUAUUCCUAUACAAUGAAAUUUUCUUAGCUUUCACAGCACUGUGCUGCUUGGAUAUGUUAUGCUUCAUAGCAGGAAUAGCCCAUUAAAUUAUGAACUACUGGUACGCAAACCUUGAUUUUGGCUCUUCUUGGAAAUAAGAAAACUACUCAAGAGUUUACUGAGUUACAAGGACUACUGACUUUUCCCUAUGAGGACAACGUUAUUUGGAUUUCUAUAAUUUUCAUUCUUUUGUAGUCCAAGGAGACAGAAGUUGUUGGUUCUCAUUUUCUAUCCUGAGGGUUGAAAGCCAUGA